AGGCCACCAAUAGUUGUUCCCCCCCAAGUCCCCCUGUUGUAUAGUACAAGGUCUGAUACCAUCCCAUCCAUCUUGUGGUUUUGUGAGGACAUGCAAUUUCCUCACAAUUUCCUUUUCCACUACCACCCGUGAUGAAGAAUGUGAUGAAUGAUUUUGGAGCCAACACAUUACUUAGCCAAAAAUAAGUACUUCUUCAAUUUCUAUCAUCAGUGAACGAAAAGCAACAAGGUGCUUCUGUCGCGAUCGUGGUUUUCCUUGUCGUCUGUUAAACGAAAGCGGCUCCAGGACAUCGUCCCGGCGAAACCAUGGGCAACGCUGCUGCAAGUUCUUCGAUCGCUGGUGCUAGUACCCCCGAUCAGGGAGCAGGGGAAGAAAAAUCUGGUACUGCUACAACAAGGCCAGUCAACAACAUGCUCGUCAUGCCUGCCUUUCUACUCGAGCCCGCACCAGAGGGAUGCUGCAGUCCUCUGAUGGCUGAAGACGUUCCCCUCUACGACCUCCAAUGGGACCAGAAACAAGCUGACUUCUCCGAUUGCACCUUUGUCGAAAAACGAUAUAAUGUAGGCGCUUACAGUGGCCAAAUGCGCAACGAAAAACGCGAAGGCUAUGGCGUGUGCCAGUACCAAGGCAUUGCGGUGUAUGCCGGAUUCUGGCAAUCAGAUAAAUACCAUGGCCAAGGAACCUUUAAGGACGAAAGGUCCGAAUACAGUGGAGAUUUCUCUGAUGGACACAAGCACGGAGAAGGGCAGGAACUCUGGUUCGAGGACGGCACCCGAUAUAUUGGGCAAUUCCACAAAGGAGUGAAACAGGGAAAAGGAAGAUACAUAUGGAGGAAUGGUAAAAAUUACCAACCAGAUGUUGAAUCUUCUUGUUUUACUUCAGAUUCGAUUAUUCGUUUUAUCCAGAUGUUGAAUCUUCUUGUUUUACUUCAGAUUCGAUUAUUCGUUUUAACCAGAUGUUGAAUCUUCUUGUUUUACUUCAGAUUCGAUCAUUAUCAUCUUUGAUAAUUUGUUAGCCCCAAGUCAUGAGUCCGAAUUACCAAUCAGAUGUUGAAUCUUCUUGUUUUACUUUAGAUCCGAUUAUUCGUCUUUGAUAAUUUGUUAGCCUCAAGGGCCCGCCAGGCUUUUACUCAACAUCUGCAAUCUUAAGGGUUGGAAGCUGUUGGCCUAUCAUCUAAGAGCAUCUCUAUGGCUUCGUCAAGUAGGAAAGCCAUAGGUAUGCGAGCUAGAUGAGAUGCCAACUCUCAGCCUCUAACAAUCGUAACGUUUUCGCGCGGACUUCUCUUCAUCCUUCUCUUUCCAGGUAACAUCUACGAAGGCGACUUUAGCAAUGAUGUAGUCGAAGGCUAUGGAAUCCUGUUUUGGCCUGACGAACGUGAGUAUGAAGGGCAGUGGCGGAACGGAAUGCAACACGGAGAGGGCCUCUUUUUCGACGCGCAAGGGAAGGAAACGCAAGUCUAUUUCUGGCAUGGUGAAAAGCUAGCAUCCAAAGAGGUGUACGAUACCAAAAGGCAAAACGCAGCAGCUACAAAUGCAAAAGUGGCUGGUACAACUAGUGCAGGAAAAGGACCAGACGUCGGCGCAGUCAACGUGAGGGGUCCCGGGGUGGCUGGGACGACAGGCUCUCCCCAGCAACCCUAGCCCUAAGCCCUAAGCCCUAAGCGGUUGAGAAAGACGGAGCGAGGUGAAAAUCAACAGGUUGAACUACAAGGAAGAUACUUAAUACUUGCUGCAAGUGAAACAUCUGACUUCAUCUCAACGGAUGAAAUGUUGGUUGAUCUUCAUGAUUAUACCUCAAG